AUGCCGCCAUCUCGCACGAUCCUGCAAUCACCCAAUUUCACCAAUUCUGGUCAAUGUUUCACACCUGUCAGGAGCUCAGCAGCUGUUGGCAAGGGUCAAGCGAUGGAAGCGGCGACACUGGCUGAAAACCGAACCAAGAACCGCUACACCAACAUCCUCCCGUUUGACGUCACCAGAGUGAAGCUUGCGUCUGUCGAGGACAUCCCUCACUCGGACUACAUCAACGCCAACUACAUCAAGGGCCACUCCUCGUCACGGGAGUACAUCGCCGCGCAGGGGCCCCUGGCGGGCACGAGGGAGGACUUCUGGAGGAUGGUGUGGGAGCAGAAGGUCAACCAGAUCGUGAUGCUCACCAACUGUGUGGAGCGUGGGCAGCCCAAGUGCGAGUGCUACUGGCCCAUGGACAUCACGCCAGUGCGCUACGGUGACAUCGGCCUCGUAAUGGAGUGGGACAAACCGAGCCCCGAGUGGACGAUCCGACACUUGCUGGUCAAGAACCACAAGACAGAUGAAAUGCGACCGCUGUACCACUUCCACUUCACGGCGUGGCCAGACCACGGCGUCCCCGACACGACGGACUCGCUCACCAACUUCGUGCGGAUCUUCCGCACCCACGUGAAUACAACGAACAAGGGCGGCCCCAUCGUUGUCCACUGCAGCGCGGGCGUCGGGAGGACCGGGACCUUCAUCUCGCUCGACCACCUCCUGCAAGACAUCGACAAGAAGCCGGAGAUCGACAUCUACCGCAUCGUGCAUGACAUGCGCAUGAGUCGCGUCUUGAUGGUGCAAACCGAGAUGCAGUACAUAUUCAUCCACAAGUGUAUACUCAAAGUGCUGGAGGAGGAGAAGAAGAAGGACUCUGACUACGAGGUGAUCUACUCCAACGAGGGCAUCUACGAGAACAACAUCGUCGACAACUUCCACAUGGAGCCGCGCAACCAGAACAACAACGAGAACCACACAUUCCUCACCGACAAUUGAAAUGGCGUGGCCCAGCCGGGGCCUGCCAAGCAAUGGGGGUCGGCAGGACGGACCCGUCGGGACAAUCCAUGCCUAUCGUCGUUGGUGGGGAGGGGGGUGUGGUGUCUGGGGGAGGAGAGCAGAGAUGAGAAGAUCAUUGUAGCUUGUCACCAUCCUCGGCUCUUGUACAUAGCUGAUGGUUUGUUUGAAGUCGCCAAAACGUUCGUCUCUUGCGAUUGCAGGCGACUGCUUUCAUCGUAAGCGGUAACGAGUGAUCCGCAGGAGAAUUUUUUUCUUUCACCGCGCAAUGCCACAAAAUUGAAAUUUUCGCCCCCCAAUGGAUGCAGUCGUGGGAUAAAUUCACGAAUGAGCAGCACAAACUGCGAGUUUAAUACCGAAAGAACCAAGAAUAUGAAUCCCUGCAGUCACGAAAGCUUUAAAUCAAAAUUUAAUACCGUCGUUCGGUGGCCAGAGUCCACGCUCCACACAGAAUGAUGUUGGUACGGUUUAGUCCCAACGAUGUGGCCCUCGGCGUAGAUUUCCGCGGGUGUGCGCCGUACGGCUCUCCGGCGCGUGUCGUUCCCGCACGAUGUCCCGUGUUUCGUUCCACGUGCUGGGAUGCUUUGUCCGUUCCGGAACAAGUUCCCAUCACGUGGAGCGUUGUAUUAUGACAUUCACUCAAUAUUCUGGGAGCUUGAAUUCAUUUCCUUCUUUUUUUACCAAAUUUAAUUGGUGCUUUUGUACAUCUGCUUGCCCGACAAUAUCGUUUGCGUAGGUCAGUGUUUCUCAAACUGUUUUGGCCCGUGGACCACUCAGACGAUGCAAACAUUUCCGUGGACUACCCAGCUUCCCUCCCGUCUGAUGACAACAUGCAUUCACUUCUUUCUCUAAAUACCAGGAAUAAAAAAAUAUGCAUAUUACCGGAACAUAAAAAAAAUUAUGCAGCUAUAAGCUUUUUUUGUCUCGGGUGGCAUUUAGAUCUUAAUGUUCGGCGAAUUUGAUCAGGGUAGUUUACUUAACUUAAACUUUUAAAAUAAAAUUUGAGUAAAAUAUUACUGUCCGAAACAAAGGGUAUAUAAAAAGUUAAUUAUUUCCAGGUCGACCUGCAUUUGCAUCACAGCCCCGCGGAUCACCUGCAGGACCGCCACGGCACACCCGACGGCCCGCAGACCACACUUUGAGAACCGCUGGUGUAGAUUGAAGAAGCUCUCAGAAUGUGCAACAAAGCGUCGGUAUGCCAUACCAAACGGCUGAAUCGGUUGUGUUAACCGAGGUCAUUUCAUCGGCGAUCAUUUAGGGCAGAGAGCGAGUCCUCUCCACCAAACGAGAUGCAUGGGAGGGUUAAAAUAAAACAAGAAAUAUUCAUGUGGUAGUUUCUGCACCAGUGAACUUGGAAAUAUUUAAUCCCCACUCAUUUUUUUGCUACAACAUGCAUUCAGGAGCCAAAAGAGAUUAUUUUAAAAGGGAGACCUUGGAACAACAGAAGUUGUGAAAUACUAUUGGCAUAAAACAAGCAAUUUAGUAUUUAUUUUUAACAAGAUAAUGGUGAUGAGUCACAAACUGCCAACUCUGAGUUGCUAAUUUUUCCACACUGUCACCCAGCCAGAUGCAUUGAUCAAUGCUAAUUGUAUGUUUUCUCAUGAACAUACAUAUUUUACGGUGCAAGCUACAUCCAUCAUGUAAACUUGAAAAAGUAACUGCAAAGAAUAUAUUUUUUUAAGAUAGAAAAUACAAAUUUACAAUUAUUUCUGAUAGCCUAAACAAAAUUCCUCAAAAUAGAAGCCACAGUGCCUCCCUUCCCACUGACCGUGGGGUCCCGCUCUUCUCUGAUUAACGACCCUGAGCCACAGGUGUACAUUCCACAUUCCCAUGGUAGGGACCAGUCUCUAAAAUUAACCACUCAGUCAUAACCCGACGUGGAUUUGAACUCGUGACCUCUACAAUCACGAGCCGAGCGCUUCGUGCAAUGUGCCACCUGGACGGGCGCAAGUCAUUCUUGUUGCGAGCGGAGGGAAGCCAAUCAGCAACGUUUAUGUACGAAUGUAUAUUCAACUUAUUUUGCACUGUACGUAGCCAGGCGUAUUAUUCAAAGGUGCGGGGGAAGGACAACAAACUAAACACACAAAGCAGUUCUAAAGAAGAGUUUGCGUGAUGGUCUAUGCUCCUUGGCGAGAUCAGCAAGGUAUUGUGAUUCAUUUGUGGCAAGCACCUUAUGUUUAUUUGUUCAUGUUCAGGUUGGUGGGUGAGCCAGUGGACAGCUUCACAAGUAGCCUGGUGAAUAUCUGACAUGCUGCCAGUGAUUGAUAGAAGCGGGCAGUGGUGUCACUCUGCGUACCACGGUUUGAUAUCGGUGACCGCGGUUGCACUGUGAGCUAUUCUCAAUUCUCCGUCGGUGUAGGAGAUAUCCGUAUCAGCCGAGCGAUGUUUUUAUGCGGGGCGCCACGGUGGCGAAAUGUUAACUCGCCUGGUAUACAGGAGGUCGUGGGUUCGGUCCCGACCCCGACGCCUGUAUAUUUGGAGUUUGCGUAUUCUCUCUGUGGUCGCGUGGAUUUUUCUCCAGGAUCCUCCGGUUUUUGCCUAUAUAUUUAGAAACGUGUGUUUAAGAGUAUUUAGCUGCUAUAAAUGUCCACGUUAUGAUAAGCCACUUCGUUGAGCUAUCAUUUGUGGCCAGGUCACUUUUGAAAAAGAGUUAUAUAGCUAAGUGGACCUUACCUAGUAAAAUAAAAAAAUACAGUUUUUUUAGACUCGUGGUUUGUGGGGUAAAUUGGUCCUUUCUCCCCGUUCCAAUGCCUGCUCUGUUUGGCCAUUGACGUUGACGCCGCUUGAGCCGUCGCCCGAUUCUCGCUCGCGUUCCCCGUAUCAUCAGCAGCCCUCGUCCGAGCCAACGCUCGCCGUUGCGUCUUGCGCGCGUCGGUGUAAAAUACGUUUUAAAAAUUACACCGUGAUGUGAUGAGCACCAACCGGAAACUAUAUCUCGCCAUUUCCAUUCCUGUAACACUGCCACCGUACUAAGGAGCGCAGGAGCACAUCAGUAGAGAUGACUCACAGUGGGAACUCACUUACAUAUUCACACGGCAAACGCACCGCAGAUUAUGUCCGCUUGUUCAAGUCCAGACGCAAGGAUUUACGCUUCUCUCUCCCUGUUGUGACUCACUGCCUCUCUCUACGAAGUGUCUUCAUCCCCAGCGCUGCUGUAAUUGGCGUGCGAUGCCCGGCACUGCCAUGUCAUUCCACCCAAUAGUCACUCCGUUGUCACUGAGCCACUCUGACUGGCGUGGUGGUGAAGUGUGAUAAAAAGAAAAUAAUUGCCCCGCGGUAUGGGGAGAUCCUCAUCCAUCAGUGGAUUGGACUUGUGCAUUCCGUCCCUGGCAAGCAAAACAAAAUAAACCACGAACAUUUUUGGUUUUUUAAUUAUUUCGACGCGCUUGCCGCGCGUUUUAUACCGUGCCUUGUGAUGUGGCUGCACCCAGUGGCGGAUUAUCCCAGUAGCACAAGUAGCUAAACAUGUAGCACAAGUAGCUACACAUGCUACGGGCCCCGCACUUUCAAGGGCCCCGCGCUAAAUGCUUUCAAGCUAUCAAUUCCGGUUCAGUGAUUCUGCACUUGCACUAUUACUAUAGUACUAUACCACCUUCAACUUUUACGAACGACCGGGUGUUGAAGGUUAGCGAUUUGUCGUAUUAUCUGGCUGCAUAGAAAAUGAAAAAAUACAAUGACUUUACUGUGCAAGUAAAAAAUUGUGUUUUAAUAUUUAUGUGUUUUUUUUUAUUUAGGGCCCCUUUAUAACAAAUGCUACAGGCCCCGCACUAGCUUAAUCCGGCACUGGCCGCACCACCCCUGCGCUCAACGGGCUCGUGCCCCCUCGUCGUUGGUGCACUGGAAAGUCCACAUUCCCAUGACGGGUGCCACUGUGUCCUGUUCACGACCACUUUACUUUCCACAGCGCGGUACUCGCGUUGCCGAGCCCACUAUCGAAUCCAUGCCAGAUUUGAAAAGAGAUUGGAAUAUUUUCAUUAUCUUCUAUCACGUGGUACAGUUGAAGAUAAUAGUUGCUUGUUUGCCUUUGCGAAAGUAAUCGGGGUGAGCCGAACGUGUGUGUACAUGUUAAAAUAGGGUGAAAUGUAAAGUAAGAAUUUGUAUAUAUGUUAGUGAUUUCUAAUUGUUUACGAUAUAACGUUCAAUGCCACGUGACACAUUGCGGCCAUGAUAAUGGGUUUCCACGGAACUGAUUAGAACUUGUCUUUUGUGAUGCUGUGUAAAAUGACCAACAUGAAUAACGAAUGUUCGCAUGGAGAGAUGCGCGCUUUUCACUUUGUGGUUCCAGCCGUGCGUGGCGUUUCGACGACACACUCCCGAAUCCGCGUGUGAAGUGGCGAUGCUUGCUAUGCUCGCCGAGCAGCAGCCCGUGGUUGUUUCAGUUUUUUUCAAUUUCAUUUAUUAGGUAGAGCCCUGUGAGCCAUGAACAAGGAAACAUCUUAAAGUGACUACACGCAACAAGAACAUUUCAGGAAAAAACAGCAAAAUAUUCCAGAAAAAGCACCGCAUAUCAACUGCUGUGUGCAAAAAUCCCAGUGGGAUGCAAGUCAAAUAAUAACAACCACAAGACAAUUUAGAUUAAAGUUAUCAGUCUAACUCUGUACUACAACAAACAAAUAUGGCUAAACCAAAGCGUUUUCGAAAUUACUAAAAAAAAUCUAUAAAAACAAUGUAACAGUGAUCAUAGGAACUGUGAUUCAAAUUUAACAAUAAACGAUAUACAUAACAUGUACGACCAAACUUUGCAGCCAUAGCUGGCAGCAUGAGUCAUUCCAUAACAGCAGGAGUAUCAGUAGGAGUAUCGACAUUUUUUCAAUGCACCUUUAAAGAUCAGCACACCAUAAUCAAAAUUCAAGAUCAUACUUUGCAGCGGUCAUCUGGAGCGAUACAUUUGAUUUCAGGCCACUGAAUAGCAGUGGCAGCUAGGGCAGUUUUGAGUGAAGAUCUCACAGGUAGUGAAAUAUCUCACAGGUAGUGAAAUGUUUGUUCAUGGUCAGCGCGCCUGUUCGAUUCCCAUCUCCCGGAGCGGCAGCUUCAAGGUAGUGGGGGAAGUCUGUCAAGUUCCCCAGCCUCCGUGUACACGGGAACAAAUCCCCACGGUUAUGGGAACGCCACGGGGAAGGUCGCUUGCGCAUGGCGGGAUUCAAAGUGCUGUUGGGUAUUGCAGAGGCUAUGCUUUGGACCGACGAUUGUGUGCCAGUAUUGUCGUUAUCGUAUUCAUGAUGAUCAGGUCGUGUUAUAUAUGUUAUAAUUGUGCAUUUCGAUCUACUGUGCCAGCCAAACAUAAUUGUAUUUUUUUGGGUUUAAUUUUACUGUAAUUGUUUUUACUGUGUAAAUUAGUUCACGAAUAUAUUUUGACUUGUGACGAG